AUGGCUCGUUUAAAAGUACAGAACAAAAAUACAAAAGCUCAUCACGAAGAAAAUAAAAGAAGGCAGCGCCAAGCUAUGAGAAGGCUACGUGAAUCAAGGCGACAGGAUCCAGAGAAGAAUGAAGAAGACAAGCGAAAAGAACGGGAACGGUAUUACCGGAGAAAAGAAGCAGGCCAAAUUAAAACCAUUGACCAAAUGUCAGAAAGAGAAAAACGGAAUCAAAGGAAAGAGUGGCGGAAUAGAAGUAAAAAACACUAUCUUGGAAAGAAAAAUGCAAAGGAGCUCGAGCUUAAAUUACAAGAAGACUCACCACCUACCACUCCAAUCCCGGAAGAACUAGUGGCUGAAGCACCAUAUGAUGAAAUACUUCAAGAAAGAGAUGAUGGAAGAAAGAGGCAAGGCAGGUCACGAAGAAGAAAACACGUAAAGGCUCUAAGAAAAGAAAUAGAUUCGUUAAAAGUUAAACUGGAAAAAGAAAAAAGAAAGAAGGAAAAAUAUAGAAUUAGACUAAAAAGAGUAAAAAAGCGACUGCACAAAAACAUAGAUUCGCCUGAAAAAAAAGUGGAAGCACUAAUCAAGUGA